ACAGUGGCAUUAGUUUAGUCAGUCGAUUUUCCGGUUGUGACCUUGAGACAGAAUCCUUGCUAAGUAAUCUGCAUGAAGCUUAAGAAUGCAAGCGUACAUUUUAGAAAGGUCCGUUUUAUUGUAAUUCAUUGUUUGAUUGAUGUACUAAUAUCGACUUGCUACUUGUUCUGUUAUUCAGAGAAUAUCUUGAAAACACCAUAACUUUGGACUUAUCCUUGUUAAUUUCAAGUCUCCAUUCAACACAGUUCGAAAGAAGUCAGUUAGUCAUGAGUUCCAAGUUAUAUGGAGUUUCUGAGAGAACCACCAAAUCGUUGGCGUACAAGAGAUAAUUGUCUUGUAACUUUACCACUAGCGAUAAACGUUUUUCAACGUCUCUAAAAUCCAUUUUCUUCCAUAAAUAAAGCAAAAUUGAGUUUUUUGUUUAUUUGUUCUCAAUUUUCUUGGAAGGGAGAAAAUAAACUCAAGAGUCAGGACUUUUGAUUUGAAACGAGCUGUAAGAAAUUAUGAUCUGGAAGGAAAUUUCUUUUAUUUUGAUCAAAUUCAAUGGAUGAAGGUCAUUCAAAUGUUUUAUCGCCAGUGAUAAAAGUAACAAAACAUGGGCAUUGGUUUUCGAAAUUUAACAAAAAUAAAAAUAAUAAAACUUGCAUCAGUCUGGCAAUUCCCUAACUAUUACCCCUCUCAAAUGAACUGUCAAAAUUGUGUCCCAAAACCAGAGAUACUUUUGAGGAAAAGAAAAAUUCUUCCAAUUGGGAAAACGGAACGAAAACACACGAACCAAAGAGACGAUAUGAAAGAUUGAUUUUUCUUCUUCCAUGGGCUACAAAAAAAUUUUCCUUCGAAUCGUUCGUGUGUACGUCCAACAAAAAACUUAAAGUUGUGCGUGGUGCGUGAUUGUUGGAAAAAAUUCCUUUUUUUUAAUAAAUAUUACCAAAAAAUCCAAACCAAACUAACAAAUAAAACAUUCACUUUAUUCCAAAAGAAAAUAUCAACAAAAUAAAAAAAAACUCUGUAAUGUCGCAAAAACACUAGAAAACACACAGAAGAAAAAAAAAAACACGAAAGAAAAAAAAAUGGUGUGAUAAAAAAAUGGAGAAGAAAAUUACCUAAAAAUUUGAGAAUUUUUUUUUCUAAAAAAAACUUUGUGUUUUUUGAAAAUAUAAAAAAAUUUUAGAAAAACCAAAAAAAUUGAAAAAAUUCUGUACAAGGAAAUUUUUUUUCAAUUCAGAGAAAAAAAAAUCCCGAGGGCAGAAUCUGUUGUUGUUUUUGAAAUGAAAAAGACUUCACCAAGUGACAUUGCAAAAAUGGAUUCACUUAAAAUUCCAAAAGGAGGCUCAAGUAAACCACCGUCAGGUAGUGUCCCAAUCACAGUACGAUUUAAUGCUGGCGAGGAGAGCCUCGAUGACAUAUUUCAAUCGUUUCACAACAGCGCCAGUGGCGGUGGUGGAGGAGGUGGGGCUGGGGAUUCCCUAUCAAGCAGUCCCCAACAACAGAAUCCAGAUGAAGUGAACUCACGAAACAACUUCCUCCAAGGAAAUUUCUUCAACCGCAAAAGAUCUGGAAGCAUAGAAGGACCAAAUAGUGCUGCAGCAACUGCAAUGACAACAUUGUCAUCAAGCGAAUCAAAUUCAGUUGGAACAUGGAAAUUAAUUAAAGGAAAAGUAUCUCAGGCUAUGGAAGAUAUAAAAUCAUCCAAAACUACAAAUCCACUUUUAGCAAAAGCAGAUGAUCCCGAUUCAGAUCAAGAUAAUGCCACAAUAAACAGUUCAAUUAGUGAUGAACUAUCAUUGGAAGCCUUCAAGUGUGAUUCAGAUUCUGACAUUGAACCUGAUAUCCUACUUGAAGGCGAUGUUGAGCGAUCACGCAUACAGCGCUCAUUAGCUCACUUAAAAUCCAAAGUCAAAUCUCGAACCCAACCAGCUCCUAUUCCUGUAACAAAAGCUUCUUUAACAGUUAAUAGUAGUAACAGUGGAAGCGCUAGUAGCGUUGGUAGUGUCAAAAAAGACCCCAGUCCAAAUCGUGGUGGAACCCCAGCAACAACUGCAAGUCAAUCUCUUCGGAGUACUUUCUUAAGAAAACGCAAGAAGCCUGUAGUAGAGGGCGCUGAGGCAGCAGUAGCUGCUACGGCUAACCCGUCAGCAACAACCCCAGUUGUUGAAAAGAAAGGCAUAAUUGCUGGCAAGAAAGAAGUCGAAAUCGAAUCAGGUGUAGAGAUGCUAGAGGAUAUGGUUCCACCAGUUGUUCCAACAAGCUCUUCCACUCAAUUAACUAAGAACCCCGAAUCUGAUAAAUCUCAUGAGAAACGUUCUAUGGAACUUCCAAUCGAAAGCUUUACUAAAUCCGGAGAAGGUGGUGAUAUAAGCUCUACAACAAAGAUACAGGGGACAGAUGAGUUAAAGCCUGUGGAAGGAAACAAUAAUUCCUCAUCAGGAUCGGAUGUGCCAAAGCCAGAGCCCCACCUAAACACUAUUUAUGUUUGCUUAAAGAGUAUUCCAUUUUUAUCAUUCUUAAUGCUCUUAAUUGUUCUUUGCAUUCCAUCCAUGCCGGACUUUGCUCGUGGUGUAUUUUCAUGUCUCCUGGUAAUGCUGAUUUUCAGCUCGAUUUUUGAUUAUGCUCAGCAAGUUGUUGUAGCGCGAGUCUCGGCACAUGGUCCCGAAAAGUCUACAUUUAAAAUUCCCGACUUUAAAAAUAUGCCAAUAUGUGAAAUUCCUGCCGUGGAAGAACACAAGACUGUAAAAACUUAUACUGGAUGGAUGAAUGAAAUCCAUAGUUAUGAUCCAGGGAAUUUUCAUGUUUCCAUGACCAAAUCGGUUUAUGUUAAGCUUGAUGGAUCCAUGUUAAGAAUCUCCAAUACAACAGCUCAUGUAUCCAAACGUCAGAUGUGGAAUGAGCCGGCUAUUGAUAGGAAAACUAUCACUUUCACUCGCCAUCGAACUUUCAACUUGCUUGGUUGUCGUAUUGAAAUGUUGCCAAGGGGUCUGGCAAGAAAGAGAUAUUUCAGUCGAAAGUAUCCAAUGCAAUUGAUAAUUAAAAACACCGAUGGACAGUCUUCGGAAGAUACAUUUACCUUUGUUAAUAACAAAGAAGAAAAGCCACUUAAGCGUCCUUCAAGCAGCAAGAGUUUGGAUGAGAAACUCUUGGAAACUAAAUCGAAUAAAAGUUCUGAUGGCAAAGACAGUUCUUUGGCGCCAGCUAGCAUUCCACAUCAAAAUUCUAUCGAAUCGAUUGAUGACCGUUCUGAGAGAAAUGGUCAAACUGAACCAGAAAAUGAUUUAGACUUUGCAGCUACAGUUCUAAAUGCUGAUUUACAGGGAUUACAAGAGAAUGUCCCAGAUCUUGAGUUGACCGAGGUGACAGUGCCUUGUGGAGAUGAAACAAGAAUUUUACUAUUUGCUCGAGGAGAUCGUGAAAAAGAAGAUUGGUAUAGACGAUUUGUGGCAGCCAGUGUGGGUGAUAUCAAUGAUCAGGAUCUUCAUUUGCCAAAUGUUGUUAUGGUAUCAGAAGCUGAUAUAAAAGCUGCUGCUAAAGCAGCUGCAAUAUUACCAGAAACUCAAAAGAACAAAGAAGAUACAUCUGUAGCUGACGAUUCAAAUACAAAUAAUGACAAUUUAACAAAAUCAGAGAAGCUGCUGGAUAAAUCUGACAAACCUAAAAAACGUAAUUCAGCGCCCACAGACAAAGCUGAAUCAACUGAUGCUGAAUCAACAGAUUGGGAAAAAAUUCCCAAUGAUUCGCAAGGAUCUUGUGGUGAUGAAACUUAUGAAGGUUUACUUAUAAGCACAUGUGCAGCACGCAAUCCAAUUGAAUAUAUUCGAUUUAUGUCACGUUAUCAGAAAGCUUGUAAUCAAACACGCAUUCCAGUUUUUAAAGCUCCAAAUUUGAAGAAACAAAAAACCCCAACCAAAAAUCGUCGUGAAAAACGCCAAGAAGAUGAACUAUGGAAAGGAAUUGAUCAAUCUUUGUUCCUUGGCCCAUGCGGUAGUGUAGUAUGGGCCAAUGUACUAGUUGGACGUGUUCUCUUCAGUUGUUUAAAUGAUCCAAUACUUUUGAGUAAAAUUCAAGAUUUUCUUCAAAAAAAAUUGAGUUCCAUUAAGCUCCCUGGUUUUAUGGAAGAUGUAUCAAUAACUCAAAUAUUUUUGGGUGAUACCCCACCAUUGAUACAUCGUGUCUCGCAACCGGUUAUUGAUGAACGUGGUACAUGGAUUGAUGCCGAUUUAACAUACGAAGGCCUUAUGCACAUGACAAUAACAACUAAACUUAAUUUGCUCCGAUUAAAGCGACAGCAUACAAAAGUUGUUGUUUCAACUACAACUGAUCCAAUUGGAUCAUCACCACUAAAUGGUAUCCCACCAAUGGGCAGUUCACCGCCACCAACACUUGCCGAAGCUGAGCUAGCUGCUAGCAAUACCGAUCAGCUUAUUGAUGAAGUUCUAACCAAUUGUGCUAUCUAUGACAGUGAUGCCGAAAGUAGUGGUGCUUCAAGCUCUGAAACUGGUAGUCCAACUAUUGGAUCAUUGGAAAAUGCUUCUUCAGACACUCAAUUUUUUAAUUCUUCACCUGGCAAUGCAAAACGUUUAUUCAAAAUUGUCGAUCGUAUUGCUGCUUCCAAUCUCUUCCAGUAUGCCACUGAGUUGUCAUACGUUCAAAAAGCAAUGGAAAACAUGAGCACAAAUAUUACUUUACGCGUGGAUUUGAAAGGUCUGGUUGGGCGAGUAACAAUUAACAUUCCACCGCCACCAUCAGAUCGUAUCUGGUUGGCUUUCCGUGGACCACCGAGACUAUGGAUAUCAGCGACCCCAACUGUUGGUGAUCACACCUUCGAUUGGAGUGUCAUUACCAAAGUAAUUGAGAGCAAACUCUGUGAGGAAGUCAACAAAUAUCUAGUUUAUCCAAAUAUGAUCGAUGUGAUUGUUCCAUUCCUUGGUCAAUCUACAUACAAGGAAUAAUGAAUUUGCAUUCCUGAGUAUAUCAAUAGUUUUCCAGUGUGAUAAAAUACUUGAUUAGGACAGACUUUCUGAUAAUGAUGAUGAAAUAUUUUUAAUACAUAUGAUCUCUUUCAAUCCUUUUCUCCUUCUUACUAAUUAACAAAAAAAAAAAAAUGAAAACUAUUUAUCUAUACAGUUCAAAAACUUUCCAUUCGAUUUAUCACUAACUGUGAUUUUUUUUAAAAUAACUUAUCGUUCUCUCUUAUCUAUCUAGUAUAACUUUCUCUACACAAAUAUUUUUAUUUUUUUUUUAGAAAAAAAGAUUUCAUACUCUUCUUCAAACUCGAUUUAAAGUUUAAAAUACAUAAUUUUUUAAUUUUUGUUUGCUUUAUUUAAAUAUUUUUUUACUUGGUUGUGUUAAAUAAUGUUGAAUGUGAUUAUUUUGUUUCUCUAGUUAUCAGUAAAUAUCAGUUCAAAUCUAUUAAGUUUAAGACAUUUAAUUUCAAAGAAAAAUAUGUAUUUUUUUUAUUAAAAACAAACCACAUUUCUUUUGUAUAAGAACCUAAAUGUUUUUUUGUUAACUAUAAAAUUUAUAAUUUA